GGGAGGGUCGGUCCACACUGGUCUUUGUGCUGGUUGCCAUUUUUCCAGGGGGAAGCUGAAGGCAUCACAAAAACCCUGAUCCAUUGAUCCGGGGAUCCAGGCGCCGGUAGGACUCUUGUGUGUUUCCACGCCUCCCACUUUCACCCCCAUUGUGGUGAAUCUCCGGCUCACACACACUUUGCCAGACUUCCAGGAGUUGUGGAGCGGCUGGCUGAAGACGGAACACAGACAACUUUAAAAAAAAAAAAGAAAAAAGAAAAGAGAAAACAUCUCCUCUUUCACGCAUGGAUCUACUUUCUUCUCUCAUGGGAUUUCAAGGAGUUGCAAUUGUUUGCGCUGCUGGAAAUGUUGGAGACUUUUGCCGGAGAGAAAACGCACACGUUCCCGACGCUGCUGCUGCGAAGUUGUAAAAAGUAGUUUCCCUUGAUUUUUUUUUUUUCCUCCUGCCUGUAGUUCAGGACUUCGUGUUUCUCCUCCUGCCUGUAGACCCACAGCCAUCAUGGCGAGGCGGGCAGGCGAGACGCGUCUGGUUUUGACGCCGAAUACGCGCGCCGCUUUCCGGAUUAACCACCUCGGGUUUCACCGGGGCUUGUUGGCUUUCUCGUGGAGCCUCGUUUUCAUCUGCUCGGCUCUUUCUUGUGGAUAUUGCGCAGCCGAGUCGGAGUUUUCCAUCCUGGAGGAAGCGCAAGUUUUGGCCGACCAGAUGAAAAAGCUCUCCUCUCAGGAGCUGGGAGUCUUCCCCAUGCAGAGGAUUUUCAACUCGUUUGUGUACACUGAGAAGACAUCAAAUGGAGAGACAGAAGUGCAGCAGCUCGCCAAAAAGAUCCGGGAAAAGUUCAACCGCUACCUGGAUGUGGUGAACCGGAACAAACAAGUGGUGGAGGCCUCCUACACGGCUCACCUAACGUCUCCGCUCACCGCCAUACAGGACUGCUGCUCCAUACCUGCGUCUAUGAUGGAGUUUGAUGGAAACUUCAAUACCAACGUCUCCAAGACCAUCUGCUGCGACAGACUCUCUCCAACAGUCAAUAGCCGAGCUUUCAACCCCGGACGAGACCUCAACUCAGUGCUGGCAGACAACCUGAAGUCCAACCCGGGGAUAAAGUGGCAGUACUUCAGCUCCGAGGAGGGCAUCUUCACAGUCUUCCCCGCCCACAAGUUCCAAUGCAAAGGAAGCUACGAGCACCGCAGCAGGCCCGUGUAUGUGUCCGCAGUACGUCCCCAGUCUAAACACAUCGUGGUGAUUGUGGACCACGGGGCGUCUGUGACUGACACCCAGCUUCAGAUCGCCAGGGACUCUGCACUGGUCAUCCUCAACGCCAUCGACGAGCACGACAAGAUCUCCAUCCUGUCAGUAGCGGAGACGGUCCGCUCCUGUUUCCUGGACCAGUGCUAUAAAAGCCUGCUCUCUCCGGCCACCAGUGAGACCAAGAGGAAGAUGAGCACCUUCAUCUCCAACAUCAAGGCCUCUGAUGGAGCCACACAACACGCGGUCGGCUUCCAGAAGGCCUUCCAGCUGCUCCGAAACACCAGCAGUCUCUGGAAACAGAGCGCCACCACAGACAUGGUGAUCAUCUACCUGUCAUCUGGGAUCACGUCCCGAGAGUCGUCGGAGCAGGAGAAGAGGGCGACGCUCAGUGUGGUCAGAGAGGAGAACCGACACCUCAACAACUCCGUCAUGAUCCUCACCUACGCCCUCAUGAAUGAGGGAGUCACCGGCCUGAAGGAGCUGGCCUUCCUGAGAGAUCUCGCGGAGCAGAAUUCGGUGAAAUACGGCGUCGAUCGAAUGUUCGACCGCGACCGCGACCGUUCCCUGGCGGCGUCCUCGUCCGGAUCGGCGGGAGCUGCUUCUACGAUGCCGGUGGUGAAGGGAAGCAUGAUGGUGCUGAACCAGCUGAGCAACUUGGAGACGACAGUGGGCCGAUUCUACAUCAACCUGCCCAACCGCAUGAUCGACCUGGCUCGCUUCAGCCUGCCUUACUCUGACCCCAUGGGAGACGGGUUUAUUAUGACUGUGAGCCGGCCUUGUUAUUUUGGUAACCUGCUCCUGGGCGUGGUUGGGGUGGAUGUGAACCUGGCCUACAUUUUGGAGGAUGUCACCUACUACCAAGACUCGCUGGCUUCCUACACCUUCCUCAUUGACAACAAAGGUUACACGCUGAUGCAUCCAUCUCUGACACGACCCUACCUGAUGACCGAGCCCCCGCUGCACACUGACAUCAUCCACUACGAGAAUAUCCCAGGAUUCCCUGCUGUCCGACACAACAUCCUCGGACUCCCUCUGGGCAGUCAGGUCAUCGCUGUGCCCGUCAACUCCUCUCUGUCCUGGCACACCAACCGACUCCGGGACAACACCAAAGACACGUACAACGUCAGCUACGCCUGGAAACUGGUUCAGGACACGUCGUUCAUCCUGUGCAUCGUGUACGUGCAGCCGGAAAUCCCGGUGAAGCAGCUGAAGAACCUGAACACAGCUCCCAGCUCCAAGCUGCUGUACCAUCGCUUAGACCUGCUGGGUCAGCCCAGCUCCUGUCUGCACUUCAAACAGCUCGCCACAGUCGAGUCCCCCACAGUGAUGUUGGCAGCUGGCAGUUUCUCUUCUCCCUAUGAGCACCUCAGUCAGCCAGAAACAAAGCGCAUGGUGGAGCACUACACCGCCUACCUGAGUGAUAACACCAGGCUCAUCGCCAACCCAGGCCUGAAGUCCUCUGUCAGGAACGAGGUUAUGGCGACCAGUCACGUCACGGAUGAGUGGAUGACACUAAUGGAAAUGAGUAGCCUCAACUGCUACAUUGUGCGGCGUUACAUAGCAACGCCCAGUGGGGUGCUUCGGAUUUACCCAGGAUCACUGAUGGACAAAGCCUUCGACCCGACCCGCAGACAAUGGUACCAGCAUGCUGUGGCUAACCCUGGCCUCGUCACCUUCACGGGACCGUACCUGGAUGUGGGCGGAGCUGGCUACGUUGUCACCAUCAGCCACACCAUCCAUGCCUCCAGCUCCCAGAUGGCUCCUGGUUAUGCAGUUGCAGUGAUGGGGAUAGACUUCACCCUACGCUAUUUCUAUAAAGUCCUGCUGGACCUGUUGCCCAUCUGCAACCAGGACAAGGGCAACAAGAUCAGGUGCUUUAUAAUGGAGGACAGAGGAUACCUGGUCGCCCACCCUACUCUAAUUGACCCUAAAGGCCACGCCCCCGCAGAGCAACAGCACAUCACACACAAGGAGCCGCUGGUGGCAAAUGACAUCCUGAAUCAUCCCAACUUUGUCAAGAAAAACCUGUGUAACAGCUUCAGUGACCGCACAGUGCAGCGCUUCUAUAAGUUCAACACCAGCAUAAUGGGGGACCUCACUAACCUUGUCCAUGGUAGCCAUUGCUCCAAGUAUCGUCUGACCCGAAUCCCCGGCACCAACGCCUUCGCUGGUAUAGUCAACGAGACGUGUGACUCUCUGGCGUUUUGCGCCUGCAGCACCGUGGACCGGCUCUGUCUCAACUGCCACAGAAUGGAGCAGAAUGAAUGUGAGUGUCCAUGUGAGUGCCCCCUGGAGGUCAACGAGUGUACUGGCAACCUCACCAAUGCUGAGAACAGGAACCCGAGUUGUGAGGUGCACCAGGAGCCGGUCAGUCUGAAUGUGAUCGAUCCCAGUCUGCAUGACACCCUGCCCCAGUGUAUCAACACUCGCUGCAGCCAAAGAUACACCAGCAGUGACUGUUUCGGCGUGCUGGACUGUGAGUGGUGCAUGGUGGACAGUGAUGGUAAGACUCACCUGGACAAGCCUUACUGUGCCCUGCAGAAGGAGUGUUUCGGGGGCAUCGUGGGUGCAAAGAGUCCCUAUGCCGACGGCCUGGGACUGCUAGAUGAAGAGGUGGCUUCUCUGAACAUGAUCAAGAGCGCACCUGUGGGUCCGGUUGCCGGGGGCAUUAUGGGAUGCAUCAUGGUGCUGGUGCUGGCUGUGUAUGCGUACAGACAUCAGAUCCACAGACGCUCACACCAGCACAUGUCACCGCUGGCAGCACAGGAAAUGUCGGUGAGGAUGUCCAACCUGGACAACGAAAGAGAUGAGCGGGAUGAAGACAGCCACGAGGACAGAGGAAUAAUCAGUAACACUCGGUUCAUCGCUGCCGUGAUCGAGCGGCACACUCACACUCCUGAACGGAGGCGGAGGUACUGGGGACGAUCUGGGACGGAGAGUGACCACGGCUACAGCACCAUGAGUCCGCAGGAGGACAGCGAGAAUCCGCCCGGGAACAACGACCCGCUCUCGGCGGGUGUCGACGUCGGUAACCACGACGACGACCUGGACCUUGACACGCCUCCGCAGACGGCGGCAUUGCUCAGCCACAAGUUUCACCCUUACCGCCACACGCACACGCAUCACCACCCGCUGCACACGCACACGCACCACCUGCAGGCCGCGGUCACCGUGCACAGCGUGGACGCAGAGUGCUGAUCUUCAGUGCCACAUGAACUCUGUUUGUUUUUUUUUUUACUACUAAAGAGUAUUUUUUUUAAAUAUGUUUGUGCACAGACGAAGUGUCAGGAUGGACACUCAGAGGAAGAGACUGUAAACCCCAGAGUGUCACUGAGCUGCUGGGACUUCUGUCAAGCAUGGACGGUUAGCUUGAUGGCUAUUAGCCUUAUGGUCUCAUUGUGCCAACACCUCCAUCUCAACCCUUUUUUUUUUUUUUUUUGACAGCCUGGCAUGUGUACUAACUUUUCAUACAUGACAUGACCAGAUCUGGGUCAGUGAACCCAAUCAAAUGGGAUUUUUAGUUUUUUUUUUACUGCCCGAGAACAACUUCUGGGAGCAAGCUACUACAAUGUUUGGACACAACUGGAAGCUGUGUGUGGGGGCAAACGUGUCCAUUUCCACAUGGAGGCCAGAGGAUAAUCACAUUAACAUGCCUCCCCACCUGUGGCAACAACAGGAUGGGGAACAAAGCACUCAUAGAUUCAUCUUGGAUCAGGAUGACCAGGAUGUGUCAUGUGGAAUUCUAACAUGGAUUCAUCUGCAGCUUUUACUCUCCUCGCUUUGGACUCUCCUCACUUGACUUUUCUCUAACAGUUGCUGCUGGCCUUGAAAAGAUGUGAUUUUUGGGAAUACAUUUGGACAUUUUCAUGGAGUAUCUGUGUGCUUCAAAGUACAAAA